AUGGCUGAUGCGAACAACGGAAACGACAGUGGUGCUGCCACCCCGGCGUCUCCAGCGGCCGGCAGUGCCAGCACCCCGCAGCAGCAGCUCGUGGAGCUGGCCCAGAGGUUCAAACUGUUCGUCGGGGAGGCCAAGAGGGUUGGGGAGACCACAGAGGCAGGGAAACAGCUUCUCGUGCGGGCUGCGAAGAUUAAGGCGGUGUACGAUUCCGUGAGAGGCGCCUCUGCUGGAGCUGCAGCCCAGUCGCAACAACGCACAGCGGAUGGUGCGACGGGGAAUGUUGCUACCGCACCAGCUGCUGCUGGUGGUGGUGGUGGCGCCGGGAACACAGCUGCGACACAAUUGGCAAUGGCCAUGCGGCAGGCGCUGACCCCGGAGCAGGUGCAACAGUACGAUAAGAUCGCCACGAACUUCCAAAACAAGGCCAAGAGCAUCAGGGACAAGCACAACUACUUAAAGCAGAAUAUCGACAAGCUCACCGCGGAGAUCAACAAGCAGCAGGACCGCAGCGCGAAGCAACAGCUGGCGGAGAAGCGGAACGAGCUUUUGCGCUCGGUGAGACAGCUUACCGUGGAACAUAACAGCCUCAAAGUGAACUUCCAGCUAUCGCGGAAGAACUUCUACGUCGAGUGUGCCAAGCUGAACCCCAAGUUGCAGCAGAUCCUGCAAAGGACGGCACAGCAGGCACAAUCGUCACAACAGGCUCAGGUUCAGGCCCAGGCUCAAGCGCAGGCCCAAUCGCAGUCUCCAGCAGCACAGUCACAAUCACAAUCGCAACCGCCCGUUGUGCCACAGCAGGCGCAGACUCCAGUGCCGCAAUCGCAAUCCCAAACGCAGUUACCUCAAUCACAGCCGCCGCAGCGCACGCAGAGCAACUCAAACAGUAGCGGUAACAACAGCAACGUUACAGGGCACCCACCAAGUGCAACUCCGACAGUCCCAGCAAACCACCCUGCGAAGCACAAGAUAUUCAAGGAGUCCGAACCGAGCGUGCCGAUCCCGGAGAGCAUCGAUACCGUGCAGCCAGCACAGGUCGCGUACAAAGUGAACAGACCGACGAUCACAGGAGGGUCUGGGAUGAACGCUCCAGCACUGAACACACCCGUGAACGUCAAGAUCCCCGUGUACGAGGCGGACACGGACCGGGUCCUCUCCAAGCGGAAACUCCGCGAGCUCGUGCGCACCGUCGGUGUCGACGAGGGCGAUGGGGAGACCGUCAUGGACGGCGACGUCGAGCAGCUGCUCCUGGACCUCGCGGACGAUUUCGUCUCGGACGUCACUGCGUUUGCGUGCCGUCUUGCGAAACAUCGUGGUAGCGACUCGCUCGAGGCGAGGGACGUGCAGCUGCACCUCGAGAGAAACUGGAACAUCCGGCUGCCAGGGUACGCCACGGACGAGAUCCGGUCCACACGGAAGUGGAACGGCACCAGCGCAUACCACCAGAAACUGAACGCAAUCGCCCAGGACCGGACCGCUGCAGCGGGGUCCGCAACGGGCGGAUCAGUCACAAAGCCGUCGAGAAGAUGA